AUAUAUACAUCAUGAUUCUGAAACUCCUUUCCUUCCAGGUUAAUGACUGUAAUCAUACAAAGACGGCAGCAAAAUGGGAGGAGAUGAACGCACGAGCGGCGAGCAGGAGAAGGAAGAAGCCGACCAGGGAAAUAUUUCGGAGGCUGUGUCAUUCAGGGAAAAGGUCGUUGCUUUGUACGAGAAAGGUGACGCUUCCCACGUGCUUCACCUCAUGGCAGCAGCCACAUUCACGCCCGAGGACCGAAGGACGACCGCAUGGGACCCCCUGCUGCUGUGGGUGAGGCCCGGGCGCUGCUGUAUCGAGGCGAUCGCGGACCACGUGAGGGAGGGGCGCUGCGGCGGCCUGGCCUCCGUCGGCUGCGGGACCGGCCUGCUGGAGUGGCUCGUCUGCGCGCUCACAGGCAUAUCAGUCUCGGGCUAUGAAGUCAACGCCGCCUGGUGGGCGUCGCGCUACUCGCCGCCGAGGUUCAUCCCCCUCGCCUUCGUCGAGCCCGACGCGCCCCCGCCCGCAGUCCCGCCGUCGCUCGCCCUCAUGUGCUGCUACUUCAACAACGGGGACGCCUUCAGGAAGUACGUUGACUCCUACGACGGCCCCGCAAUGAUCAUCAUCGGAUCCAUUGACAAGAACAGGCACACGGACCCCCGCCCGCUUGAUUACGCCCACGUUCACCCCUGGACCCUCACGCACACCCACCCCAUCUCCGACACAGACCUCAUUGGCUUCUACGUUCGAGACCAACUCAAGCAAGAUGUUGUGAGGAGACUGAGGAUGUAACUGGGGACAGAACAAGCCAUACGGGUUUCUGAGAGAUACCGGACUGUGAUGAGUCGUAAUAAUUCCACUUACAUAUAUUCCGGUGGGUAUUCUGUGAUUUCAAAUGGUCUUGGAACAUGAAUGGAUAGUGUGCAGUUUGCCUCACUUCGUCAUGUGUGUUUCAAGUUUUACUCUAUAAAAUCUCGGCUAUGGCAUGCUGCGGGCUGCCAUAACUGUGACUCGCUGGUCGACUAUAACCAUCAUCAAUUUCACGUUCGCUUAGUGUCCAAAUGGCAAGCCACAAUUGUUCACAUAUAAAUACAUUUUGUACUGAGCUGCUUUCCCGACCCCGAUAUCUCUGAAUCAAGCAGUUAAUAAUCUGACUUUCAAUUGUCUAAUCAACCCAAAUCAGUUUUAUGCAAGUAAGUACAAAGGCUCCCAUCUAGAAACAUAUCAAGGUGAAAGGUUAACAUUCACAUAAUAUGAAUAUGAAACAGUCUACAACAGCACUAAUUGUAAAUGUACCGUUUGUAGGUUUGUAGUGAUACUCUGUUGAACAGAGUUGGUAAAAUGGAUAAAUAAAUGUACAACCAAA